GGGGGCUCCUGCCUCAGUUUCCCCAGCAGGGCUGCCUCACCGCACAGGGGAGUCUGGAUUUCUGAGAGCAGCGACAGAUGGGCCAAUAUUGGCGUUGGCGCUCAGCCUGAAGAAGCCAGCUGGUGCCCAGAUGGGGAAAUUGAGGCACAGAGGCGGACAGGCUGCAUCCGAGGUGCACAGAGGGUGUGUGGCAGAACAAGGAUUCGAACCCAGGACUCCAGAGUCCCAGUCAUUAAUCACUAGGCACCGUUCCCUGCCGUCCAAGGCAGCCACGAAGACUUUCCUCAUCCAUUGGCUGCACUUUCCCAUUCUGUUCAUAGGAAAAGUGCAGUCGGCACCAGACGUGGUAGCUCAUUUCGGGGGGGACGUCACCCUGAGCUGCCUCUUCCCGUCCCGGCCCGGGAUGAACCUCCAGCGUCUGACCCUCACCUGGCAGAAGGAGCGGGCGGGGGCAGAGGCCCUGGUGGUUCAUAGUUAUUAUUAUGGGAGGGAGCAGCUGGAGAAACAGGAUGAGGCUUAUAGGAACCGGACCUGGCUGGAUCCAGAGGGGCUGGCCCAGGGGAACGCGUCUCUGACACUGAGGGGCGUCCACAUGCAGGACGAGGGCGUCUAUCUCUGCCACGUCACCUCGGAGCUGGGCAGGACAUCUGAACCCAGGGAGCUGAGAGUGGGAGGUGAGUGCUGGGGAUGCUGCAUCCCAAAUGGGUCUGGCUAAUGCACAGUGGCUCCGUGUACCUGGUAGUGACUGCAGCCUGCGUGGCUC